AUGUAUAGCCGCGAUAACAAGAUUAUGCGCAAGCUGCUGGGCAAAACCACCCCCGAAAACACCACCGACACCUCCAAUCCCGGCCUCGGCAUUACCAGCUCUCCAUCUCUCCCGGCCAUCUAUCGCCCAAAUUCCUCUCAAUACACCGUCUAUAAUGCGGGCUAUCCUCUUGCCAGCGUCGACGCCUCACCCGAUCGUCGCUCGGCCGUCCUCGCCAGUCGCCAUGUCCUCAAGACCGUCGUCUUCGAUGGCCUCCAAAUCUCCGACAGCAUUGACGUUCGUGCCGCCAUCCUCGCCGCCGCCGGCUCCGACAAGAUGCCACCCAUGACCUCCUCGACCGCCGCCAACCUAUCCUUACAUUCCUCCUCAUCGCCUGCCGUGUCCGCCCCAGGCUCGGCAGCCGAUCAGCUCUCCGUCAAGGAGGCCAAAUGGCAAGGCGAAGCCAACCUAUUUACCGCCUGUGCCAACGGUCGCAUCUUCGCCUACGAUCUCGCCCGUAUCGCCACCGGUGGUUCCGCCCUCGACUGUGUUCACAUGCGGGAGGACUCGCGCCAAGUCAAUACCCUCGACGUCAACCCGCAUCGUCCCAGCCUCCUCCUCUCCGGCAGCCAGGACGGCUUCGUCCGCUACUUUGACAUUCGCGCCCCCGUACCGAACCGCGCCGGCGGCAUGUCCUACGUCGCCAAGGCCGCCUUCAAGUGCAAUGCCGACGGCGUUCGCCAGGUCCGCUGGUCCCCCAAAGAAGGCCUCUACCUCGCCUGCGCCACCGACGCCGGUGCCGUCCUCAAGUGGGACAUUCGCAAGCCGAACUCCCCCCUGCUGCGCAUCACCGCCCACGACAAGGCCUGUUCCUCCAUCUCGUGGCAUCCCGACGGCAACCACCUCAUAAGCGGCGGCUGGGAUCACAAAUGCGCCGUCUGGGAUCUGUCCAAAGACGCCGAUAAGCGUCAGAAGCCGAAAUAUAUCCUCCACACCCCGGCCCCCGUAUCCGUCGUGGCUUGGCGCCCCGCUCUGUGGUCCGCCAGCGCCAGAGGCAGGCGAGCCGCCCAGGUGGCCGUCUCCUACGACGAUGCGAGCGCCAGGCGCUUCGGCAUCAACGCCGUCCAUAUUUGGGACCUCGCCCGGCCGAGCGUGCCUUUCAAGGAGCUGACCUGGUUCGACUCGCCCCCCUCGAGCCUCUUAUGGCUCGAUCAGGAUCUUCUCUGGGCCGUCGGCGAAGAGGGCAAGUUUCACCAGUGCGACGUCGCCUUCGCCCCCAAGGUCAUCGACCGCCUAUCCCCCUCCAGCCUGGCCUUCUCCGGCAGGGGCGAGGUAGCCAUGUUCCUCGACGAACGACCCCGCCAGCGGCCCCGCCCAGCCGUCGUCCGCCAUCACGAUGACGAAGCCGUCCCCAGGCAUCUGUACGGCUCGAGCCCGACCACGCCAUUCCUCAGCAUCAGCCGUAGCGACUCGGAGGACGACGUCGUCAGCAGCUUCAUCAUGCCGCGCCGAAAAAUCGGUGCCAGGCGGCGAAGACAGAGCAUACGCUCCGCGCUCCCGGCUCUCAGCACGACCCCGCCUUCCGGCCACGUCCCCGGUGAAGAACCAGUCCUCGGGCUAGAACAGGCCAUCAAGUUCGCCGGCGUCUUCAGGACCCAGCAGGCCAUGGCUGUGGGUCAUGUGCCGGCCGCUGCCAAAGUCGACAACUACCAGUAUCUUACGCGAUGCUACCUCGAGGCCCUGGAAAGGGAGCUUCCGCAGGGCGGGCCCGACGGGAAACCGCUUGUCGAACGAGUGUCGGUCGUCCUCGAAAGCUUCGCCCGGGCAGCCGAACGAGUCGGACAGUUCCGGCUCGCCCAGACUUGGCGGAUAUUGGGCUAUGCCAUGGACCUGUUGCUCAGGAAACGAGCGCAGUACCACCUCGAGUCGAGGCUUGGACGCUUUCAAAAGCGCGUCGACAUUUCCAAGUCCAAAGAAUCGAUAGGGCCCAGCGAGCUCAAUAGGCUGGAAACAACACCAACCCCGCUGGCGAACCACGAGAGCACCAUCGACAGUCACGACAGGACCAGACGAUCCAAACUGUCGGAGGAGGUCGACUGCAACUCCAACGCUUCCACGCCCCUGGCCAAGCCCCUCGGGCAGGAAGACGGCCAGCAGAACAACAGCGACGGCAAGCACGUCAACAGCCUGCGAUCCGGCAAAGUGCUGACGCCCGUCUUGGAGGCGGAGAGCUUCAUCCUACCGCCCGCGGUCCAUCGUACGUUCAAUGAUAGUCCGCGGAAACGACUGGACUCGAUACCUUUCUCCGCCGCCAGCCACGAGAGUGACCAGACUCGCAUCUCGAGCACCGAGGGCUACGAUUUUUAUGACACUGACGCCAUUUCUCACGCCAUAGAUGUUCCCGAUCCCAAACCGAAACCGACACUCCCGGCUGCCGCCUUGGAGUACGACGACCACCACGACAACGACAACGACCACGACCACGACCACGACCAGCAGCAAAAGCGCCAUCAUCACUUUGCGCACCAGAAGCCCCCGAUCAUGUCGCGCUACGAUUCCGACGAAAGCUUUUCACGCGUCUUCUCCGCACCGGACAGCACCCCACGGACCGCGACGACCAUUCUCAGCCCGUCCAAGUUUCCGCCUGUGCAAGAAGGCGACGACGACGAAGAGCAAGGCGAGUACGAAAGCCGAAUACGUGGGAAGGAGAUGGGUCAUUCGCUCGAACACCCUAGGCCGUCGUCGUCGUCGCCGACAAUGCAUGCACACAAGCGGCGGCAAAGCCUGAUCCCCACCGAAUCUCCCGAAGACGUCUUCACCAUCUCCCAGACGACCAUAGCCAGCGACCCGAACGUCUCGUUCGAUGCAUCGCAACCUUCCCAGGGGACGGCCGACACUUAUGAGCACCACGCUCCUCUUCACGUCGGCGUCGUCUCAUCCAGCCCGGCCAAGGCCAGUCUGGAAUCGCAGUCGCAGCUGCAAGCGUCACAGCAGCUCAACGUCUCCUCGCCAACCAUGGUGGAAUCCGACUACCUCCCCUGGCCCGACGAUCCUCCUCACCCACACCCACUCUCCACAUCAACACCGCCCCCGGUGCCUUACUCUGUCUCUCCUCGCCUGCCGCUCGAUCCUUACAACCUUGUCACCCGCACCCUCGACUAUGAACUCCGCACCUCCGUCGUCAACGCGGCCGCAAUCAUCCUCCUCCUCCGACCGCUUCUCCCCCCUUCUCUCAUCGACAAAAACCGCGCCGUCUCCAUCCUUCGCACCCACCACAGCCGGCUCACGUCGAUGCGACUCUUCGUGGAAGCGGCCCUGCUACGCAACCUCUGCGUCAAAGGCUGGCCUGAAGGUCUCCCCGAUUGGGGCGAACAGUAUACCGCCAUCUUCGGACCCGCGCAGCAGAACGUCAAGGGUGGUCUUCUCUGCCCGACCUGCCGUAAACCCCGCGAGAUCGACCCCCGGCUCGGACCCAGCGCCCUUUGGCAAUGCGAUCGGUGCAAGACACACAUGGGCCCCUGCGCUGUUUGCGGCCAUCGCGAGGCCAGCGCCGCCGCCGCCGCCGCUGCCCCCGGGCGAGACACGGACGAAGAGGGCGAAGGCGUUAUGAGCGUCUGGUGGUACUGUCCGGGGUGUGCGCACGGGGGCCAUGCCACGUGCAUCCAAACGUGGCAUAAUCCCGACGGCAUGGACGAGAGAGGCAACGACGGGCAUGGGAGUGACGGGUGCUGUCCCCUCGACGGAUGUGGCCACGCGUGUCUCCCCGGGAAAUGGAGCGAGGAAAGCGCGACGCAACGAGCCGAUGAGGUCGGACGCGCGGCGCUCGAAAGGGCACGGACAGCUACGGGCGGGACUUUUACACCGCGGAAAGUGAAUGGAGGAGGAGGAGGUGGUGGUGGUGGCGGUGGUGGUGGUGAAGGUGCGGGCUACCACGCUCACCAGCCUCAUCACCCUUCCCCGCUGAUCCGCGGAGACGGCUUCGAAGUGCCGCAGAGCAGGGCGGUCGACGUGGUGCGCGAGGCACUGACGGGCAAUGGUGGCGGCGGGGGGUCGUCGGUGUCGUCGUACGGUAACGUCACGGGGGCUCCUGGAAUCUUGAGUUCCAGCCCGGGGCGGACGGCCGGCAAUGGCGAGCGGGAGAGACGGAAGAGCGUCAAAUUCGCCCACACGGAACGGUAG